AUGAAACGGCUUUGGAUGAUGGGUCUUCUAUUCGCGCUUUUAGCUUUUGGUACUGUUAAGGCAGAUGAUGAAGUUGAUGUGGAUGGGACUGUGGAAGAGGAUCUGGGUAAAAGCAGAGAUGGCUCCAGAACAGAUGAUGAAGUUGUGCAGAGAGAGGAAGAAGCCAUCCAGCUGGAUGGGUUGAAUGCAGCACAGAUCAAGGAACUCCGUGAGAAGUCAGAAAAACAUGCCUUCCAGGCAGAGGUGAACCGCAUGAUGAAGUUGAUUAUUAAUUCUCUCUACAAGAACAAAGAGAUAUUCCUUAGGGAGCUGAUUUCCAAUGCAUCAGAUGCUCUGGAUAAGAUUCGCUUGUUAUCGCUGACGGAUGAAGAUGCGCUGGCCUCCAAUGAAGAGCUGACGAUCAAAAUAAAAUCAGAUAAGGAGAAGAAUGUGCUCCACAUCACUGACACUGGUAUUGGAAUGACCAAGGAUGAGCUGGUGAGGAACCUGGGCACAAUUGCUAAAUCUGGUACCAGCGAGUUCCUCAACAAGAUGACAGAGAUGCAGUCUGAGGGUCAAUCUACUUCAGAGCUGAUUGGCCAGUUUGGUGUGGGUUUCUAUUCUGCUUUCCUGGUAGCUGACAGGGUCAUUGUGACAUCAAAGCACAACAAUGACACCCAGCACAUCUGGGAGUCUGACUCCAAUGAGUUCUCUGUCAUUGAGGACCCCCGUGGGAACACACUAGGCAGAGGAACCACAAUUACACUUGUCCUGAAAGAGGAGGCCUCAGAUUUUCUUGAGUUGGAGACUAUCAAGAACCUUGUCAGGAAGUAUUCUCAGUUCAUCAACUUUCCAAUCUACGUCUGGGCAAGCAAGACUGAAACUGUUGAGGAGCCCAUUGAGGAAGAUGCUGAGACAACUGAGGAACCAGAGAAAGAAGCAGCUGAAGAUGAGGCUGAGGUAGAGGAAGAAGAUGACAAAGACAAGCCCAAAACAAAGAAGGUUGAGAAGACUGUAUGGGACUGGGAACUGAUGAAUGAUAUCAAGCCCAUCUGGCAGAGACCAGCAAAGGAGGUUGAGGAGGAUGAGUAUAAGGCUUUCUACAAAACUUUCUCCAAGGACAAUGAUGACCCUUUGGCACACAUACACUUCACUGCAGAGGGAGAGGUCACUUUCAAAUCUAUCCUCUUUGUGCCACAAUCUGCUCCCCGUGGUCUGUUUGACGAGUAUGGUUCAAAGAAAAAUGACUACAUAAAGCUGUUUGUCAGGAGAGUGUUCAUCACUGAUGACUUCAAUGACAUGAUGCCCAAGUACUUGAACUUCAUUAAGGGAGUGGUGGACUCUGAUGACCUUCCUCUGAAUGUAUCCAGAGAGACACUGCAGCAACACAAACUGCUCAAGGUUAUUCGUAAGAAGCUGGUGCGAAAGACCUUAGAUAUGAUCAAAAAGAUUGCUGAGGAACAGUACAACGAUAAGUUUUGGAAGGAGUUUGGAACCAACAUUAAACUGGGUGUGAUUGAGGACCACUCCAACAGAACCCGUCUGGCAAAGCUAUUGCGCUUCCAGACUUCAAACAGUGAGUCAGCCUUGUGCAGUUUGGAACAGUAUGGGGAACGAAUGAAGGAGAAGCAGGACAAGAUCUACUUCAUGGCUGCUACCAGCAGGAAAGAGGCUGAGUCCUCUCCUUUUGUGGAGAGGCUUCUGAAGAAGGGUUAUGAGGUCAUCUACCUGACAGAGCCUGUGGAUGAGUACUGCAUCCAGGCACUACCAGAGUUUGAUGGGAAACGGUUCCAGAAUGUGGCGAAGGAAGGUAUCAAAUUUGAUGAGACUGAUAAGUUAAAGGAGCAGAGAGAGGCGCUUGAGAAGGAAUAUGAGCCUCUUACCACUUGGCUGAAGGACAAGGCCCUGAAGGACAAGAUUGAGAAGGCUGUCCUCUCUCAGCGGCUCACAAAGUCACCCUGUGCUUUGGUUGCCAGUCAGUAUGGCUGGUCAGGAAACAUGGAGAGAAUCAUGAAGGCACAGGCUUACCAGACAGGAAAAGACAUUUCCACAAAUUACUAUGCCAGCCAGAAGAAAACACUGGAAGUCAAUCCCAAACACCCUCUGAUCAAGCAGAUGCUUAAACGAGUCAAUGAUGAUGCUGAGGACCAAACUGCAUCGGAUCUGGCUGUGGUUCUGUUUGAAACUGCAACACUGCGUUCAGGUUACCAGCUAUCUGACACAAAGGCAUACGGAGACAGAAUAGAGCGCAUGCUACGCCUCAGUAUGAACAUACCUCUGGACGAACAGAUUGAAGAAGAGCCUGAGGAGCCAGAAGAGCCUGUGGAAGAAGACUCUGAAGAUAAAGAAGAAACUGUAGACGAGGAAAAUGAUGAAACAGCACAAACAGAAAAAGACGAACUGUGACGCACUGAAGAGAAGAGCAUGAACCAUUGGAGCAGGGAGCUGGACUUGAGUGUUUAAGCGACACUUGAUUGGUUUCUUUUGGGUGGGGUUGAGGUUUGGGUUUUUUUAUGGCCACUGUUUUUGUUUUACAUUCCUCGUAACUGUAAAUUUGUUAAUAUUUAACUGACCUGCUUAUGGAAAGAUGCGAUCCCAUCUGAUCGAAUAAAUGUUUCCUGAAA